AUAAAGUAAUAAGAACAGGUUAUUGCUCUCCCUGAAAUUAACCAAGUCUAUGUAUGAAGUAGGUGUGAAAUGUUUCUUAUAUUGUAGUAUAAAAGUAAUUUUUUUUAUUACUGUAUCAGAGUUUAAAAAUAAAUGUACCAGUAUCCUAAUUGUUGUAGCCAUGCAAUUUAUCGCACAUCACUGAAUAAUAAUAAAGUAUCUUUCCUGGAAAUAUUUGCCAUGAAUUUUUAAGCAUAUACAUGCAUAAUUUAGUAUACUUUAAACAAUAUUUUAGUUGACUGUCUUCAGUGGCAGAGCUAGGAAUCAUUUGGAGGCCUGGGGGGCUUGACCUCUUUGGGGGCCCUGCAUUUUGCAUAAUAUUUCAAAUUUAAUGUUAAAAAAACACUUAUUUAGGGGCCCAGAGGGAUUUUCAAAUCCCCCCCCCCCUCCUCCCAGCUACGUCACUGACUGUCUUUUAAGUAUAAGUAUGGUUUAUACUAUGCACAGAAUUAAAAAGCUAUAUACUAUCAUAAAGCGCUUUAAAAAAUGGUAUAGUACAGUUUAAUUACGAUAAUUAAUGUAAUUUUAGUACAUAACACACCCUACGAGUCCUAUUCAUGCUUUUAAAAUGGCAUCUAUAGAAAAUCUAUUGGUACAAGCCUGCUUGAGAUAUUGUUUCCCUGUGAAACAUUGUGCCCCAUCACACUCAGAAAAUUCGUUUCUGUUUGCCUGAUCAGUGGAGCUGACAAUUCUUAUUAGCUAUCACUUUUAUGUUUGAAUUGAAAAAAAAAAACAACCAGAAACGCAACAACCAAGUAUGUUAUUUAGUGAAAAUAAUGGGAAAUGAGAUCUUUUGUUUAUAUAAAUGUACAUAGACCAAAAAGAAACUGAACGGGAAUUAGUUUAAAGGCAAAUCUUAUUUUGAAUUGCAGAUUGUCAUUUCCUCUUCUGGCACCUUUCCCCCCAUUUGUGUCCCUUCCUAAAGCAAUCUAGUUGGUGACUACAGAGAGAACACCUUGACACUGGUCCACUAACCAGCCCCACCCUUGUUAAUGAAGUGAAUGUGGGGCCUAGGACUUCUUUGCUUGUAGUGUCAAUACUAGAGGAGUGCUGAUCUGAAAGGGGUACCACAGUUCACAUCAUUUCCUUGUGUCCUAAAAGUUUCUUUGAUUUGUACAAUUUAGUUUAGUAUACAAUGUAUGUCAUUUUACCCAGGACGUCUUAUUUUGUCAUCAAAGUCUAAAUAUACUGUUGGCCUACUCUAUUUGAGGUUUACCCUAACCAGUGAGAAUACUUCAAUUUUAAAAGAGUUUUAAAAAAAUUAUAAUCAAAAGUGUUGUGACUUCGAACUUAAGAAGGUAUUUUCUUUUAUCUGAUAAGAUUUGCACUCCUAGUUUUUGAACUGAGACCGACCUACAGGGAGAGUCUGAACUGAAGAGAUGAUAAUUUGUUUUGUCUUUAGGCUUAAAUGAUUUUACUUCGGCAGUGUCAUUGAUUUCAACUAAGAGAAGACUACAAAUACAAAUUAUAACUUACAAACUUAGAUUGCUAGAUAUUAUAGAAACCUUAUCAAAUGUAUUCAUGUAAACAUUUAUUUAUAGCAAUAUGUGACUUGUGUAUUUAAGGUAGCCUUUAAGGGUGACUGCACAUGUAAAUCAUUUUCAUCACACUCCAUUGCCAUUAACACUGAGCCUGACAUUGGACGACCUUUCUAUCGUUAUAUUGAUAAUACAAAUGAAACUAUCCUAGUAAUUCCAAGUACGUAGGCUAUAAUCGAUCUGUUGAAUUCAGUCAAUAGAGACGUCAAGGAUUUCACUUUUUCCUAGCGGACACACGAGUUAAAGGCCCACUACAAAUGUUACUGAUGCUCUCUGGGAUAAUCAGUAUACUUCCAGUCUUACUGCCAUCAGCUGCUGCAGAACAUAUUUUUCUAAACCAGUUUGCUGUUCAACUUAAACACGGAGACAAAGCGAAUGCUGAAGACAUAGCUAGAGAAUAUGGUUUUCUAGUCAAAGCUGAGAUAGCCAGCAUUGCUGCUUAUAUAUUUGAACACCAGUCUGUGCCACCAAGAUCCAAGCGGAGCUCAGAACAACACAUUAAUCUUUUAAGACAAGACACGAGGAUUCAGCAUGUUCAACAAGAAGUAGUCCUACACAGAGUUAAAAGACAUCCACCUGCACGUGAGACGAGCCGCCAUGUUGCACACAGAGACGUCGACAUUCCUUCCAGAGCAAAUAUCUCAUUCUCUGAUCCCAAAUUUAAAAACAUGUGGUACUUGGUGAAUGAAGGCUCUGAUGGUGACAUUGACAUGAACAUUGCAGUUGUCUGGGAAAAAGGCUUCACCGGUAAGGGAAUCGUUGUCAGUAUACUUGACGAUGGAAUCGACUACACCCACCCAGAUCUGGCCAACAACUACGAUCCAAAAGCAAGCACUGAUUUAAAUGACAGGACCGAUCUGUUUCAUGAUCCGAUGCCCAACAAAUCUGAUAUUGACAACAGCCAUGGUACGCGAUGUGCUGGAGAAGUAGCAGCUGCAGCCAACAAUGGGAUCUGUGGUGUUGGUGUGGCCUUUGAAGCCAACAUAGCAGGUGUGCGUUUAUUGGACGGCAUUAUCACUGAUGGCUUAGAGGCUGAGGCUCUCACCUUCAAACAUGAUUAUAUUGACAUCUAUAGUGCAUCAUGGGGGCCCAGUGAUGAUGGGGCAGUAAUGGCUGGACCUGGUCAUUUAACUGUUCAAGCAUUUCAAUAUGGUGUUGAUCAUGGUCGUCAAGGUCUUGGCUCUAUAUUUGUAUGGGCUACAGGUAAUGGGGGCCUUCAUUUAGACAACUGCAAUGCUGAUGGCUAUGUGUCACGUCCAGAAACCCUUGCAGUGGGGUCUGUCAAUAACAGAGAAACAUUUGAAGGAACAUCUAGUGCUGCCCCAUUAGCUGCUGGCUGCAUAGCUAAUGUCUUACAAGCAAAUCGCAACUUGACAUGGAGAGAUAUACAACACAUUACAGUGAGAGCGGCUCGCAUCCCUUCAGCUGAUGACAGCUGGAUUAUCAAUGGAGCUGGUCACCAUGUUAGUCCUCAGUUUGGCUUUGGUUUGAUGGAUUGUGGCCAAAUGGUCCAUCUGGCUCAGACUUGGAAGGCAGUACCUCAACGAAAAUUAUGUCAGCUUGCUUCACCUAAGAUUGUUAACAGGAGAUUAAGCAAACUAAGCAACAUACAGGAGGUGAUAACUGUAGAUGGAUGUCAAUCAGAGAAGCUAAACAGAAUAGAUAGUAUUGAGCAUGUGCAAGUCUACAUCAAGAUGUAUACAGAAGACAGAGGGGGCAUAAUGAUAUCACUUACCUCCCCUUCAUUAACUAGGUCAGUCUUACUGGCACCUCGACCUAAGGAUUCAUUCCAUGGAGAUUGGGAAUAUACCUUUAUGACAGUACACCACUGGGAUGAAAACCCUGUUGGUGAUUGGAGCAUUGACAUUCACAGCACUACAAGCUCUUCCUACACAAGAGAUUCAAAGAUAAAACAAACUUCAAGUAGAGAUGUUCAUAUAAACAAAGCCCUGGACUCUGUAGCUGUUGUCUUCUCUUGGAACUUGAUUCUGUGGGGGACAUUCACCAAUAGACAAGACACAGGACCAUUCACCAAUCACAAAGCAACUUACCCUACUGUCCAGAAUUUAGAAGCACUAAGAAAAAGAGAACUUGAACUGUCCAAAAAAGUCAUUUUGAAAAAAUCAAAUAACCAACCCAUUGUAGAAAAAAUGUCUUCUAACUCUCUGAUUGGUGUAUUCUCAGAAAACAAUGAAGAAACUCCAAAGGAUCAUAUUCAGAAAAGAAUAUUAGAGAAAAAUCUGCUCAACAAAUACAACCUCAAUGAGAUAGAGGCAUUAACAGAUAAUAUCACAGAUAUACUGGUAGAUUUGUUUAAAACUAGUACCUAAGCAUAAAACUGAUCCAGCCUCAUUACAUACACACACAAAAAUACCAUCCUGCUUUUGCAGUUACACCAGCAAAGCUCAUGGUUCCAUACAAUUCCUGAGUUUCAAUGGUGUGUGGUGCAAAUGCUUUUAUGAAUGUGAUGCUGUAAAUGGAAUAAAUUUAUAUAGUCAGCUUGAAUGUAUGUUAUUGUUUUCUGAUCUAUUUAAUACAAAUUGUCAAAAGCUAAAUAAAUACUAUUUUUAAAGUAAUUACUACCAGUAAGAUCUCAAACAAUAACAAUUAAUCACAUAUUGCUCUCAAAGCAAUCUCUAUUACAUAAAUCUAGUUGUUCAGUCACUUGACUGAAAGUUCAAACAUUUUUUGUAUAAAUAAUUAAUGCAUUACAAAUCUUUUAAUUAAACAUUUUAGUAUUAGUCAAAUAUUAUUUAUUUAAACUUAUUAAGUUUGAUAGCAAAUUUAUAAGAAAAUUUUUAUUUUAUUGGCAAUUUUUUUUUGUAUGGGCCUAUAGCCCUUGUUGUACAUCUCAUACUGUUUGUGUGUGGUCUACUAUGAAACCAUGUUGACAAGUUUCUUUCAAUAGCAAGGUUAUUUUUUUUAUUAUCCUAAUUAAUAUUGUGAAACAUAAAAUUGUGCUAUUUGAAAUGGAUUUUAGAAGAAAAUUUAAAAUUUACAAAAUAAUUAUUUAACUUUUCUAUACAGCAACCAUCAGCAUUCUAAUUAACUUUGCUAUCACCUGCUGGCAUGGUAAUACUUCACUGUCACAAAGACUUAGACUAAUUUAAAAAGUAUCAUAUCUCUUGAAGAGCCUCUUCAUGAAAACAAACACAAUUCUUAAAGACAACCUGUACCCAUUAAACCGCUGUUGCAUAAGAUCUGAAUGAAGUGGUCGUCACCUUUCCAUUAGGACUAAAACAGAAAGAUUUAAAAACUCCUUUAUCCCACUUUCGGUCAUAGUGUUUAAGGUCAUCUGUUGUCAUUGAGAAGUACAUAGAAGUCUAAUUCAUAAAGCGCUGGUUGUGAGUGAUGUUCAUAUUUGCAUUUAUUCUGUUAUUGUUACAGUGUUAAGCUUAGGUGAUCAAUGGUAGUCAAACUAUAUUUCCAUUUGAUUUGGACCAAUAAAAAUUAUUAACCUUUUUUAGUCACAUUGAUAAUCUCUGCAGAAGUAAAUUGCUAUAGAAAUCUAAAGAGGAGAAAAAGUAACAUGAAAAAGUUAUUUACUCUAAUGCAAGAGUUUAGAUCAAUUCUAGAUUUUGUUAAAACAGCAGAUUUAAGUUUUUAAUGAAAGGGUUUGCUUUAAGUACCAUUACCGGUACUGAAAGUAGCAUCUAAAUCUGGUAAUGAUGAAAACAAAAUUUCAAUUGUGCAGAAUUGUACCUUUUGAGAUAUGAAUGAAGAGUAUAAACCAAUAUUGUCUUUCCUUGUGUUGAAUACAAAAAAAAACUAAUUGCAAGAUACUAACCAUCACAAGAACAUGACCAAGAUGAAAAGAACAGUAGUCUAUAAUGUAGAAGCUAUUCAUGUCCACAUAUUAUUUGUCAAUGAAAAACAAUAAAACCAAAAAAUCAUUUUCUCUUUAGAUUUUAUUUAGUUCAUCCCUAAAGAUGAACAAUUUCUCAUAUAUACAUUCUAACAAUUGAGUAGAAGUGAUAAAUUAACAGCCAUUCAAUCAUUGUAAAAUGGCACAAAAAUCAAACAAACAGACAUUUUAAUUUAUACAUAUGUUACAUCAUUUACAAGAAAAUGCCCCAUAACAAAAAAAAAAAUUGCAAUAUAAUGUAUUUAUACAUGUCCAUCAAAAUAAACAAAUAAUAUUCUCAAUUCAACAAGGAUUCAUUUUGUUUAGAAUCAUUUCAGUGCAGGCUUAAACUAUGCAGAUAGCUUGCAACAUUUAUACAAAGAUCAUUAUUUAUAGAGAAAUGCAUGAAAACAUUCCCAUGUGAAUACAAAAAUAUUGAUAUUUGUUUGCAGCAUGAGUUUCGUAAGACGAUGCUUGAUUAUUAUUUUUUAACAAAAUUAAAAACUGUUGAUCUGAUGACAGAAUGUCUAAUAAAAAUAAAAAGUGAAAUUUGUUCUGAGCAAUAACUGGUGUGCACUAGAAAUGCUAUUGCCUUUUAAGAUUUCAAGUUAAGUAUUGUAAUGAUUAAAACAACUACCAGUAUGUUUCAAAACAAGGUCAUGUUUCAAGUACCGGUGUAGUGGCAUUAGAUAGAUGAGCCUUUCAUACCAAACCAUUUGAAAGUUAGAUUUUUAAAUAAGUAAAGCCAAGCUUUACAUUAAUAACAGCAAUUAGUAUAGCAACUAUUGAAAUGUUUUAAAAUUGCAAUUUUACCAGAAAACCAAGAAUUCACAAUUGCUACAAAUACCAGCACAUAUCUUAUUGACACAUGAGAUUGUUUCCAAUACCCUAACUAUUCAAAUACUAGGAAGAAUACAUAAGCAGCAUGAAAGCUGUGCUGUUCUACAGCUUCCUUGAAGCACUGUUGAAAGUAAAAAGUAGCAACAUCACUCAACGCAUGAGACUUGCCACAGAAUGCCUUGAAAUGAGUUUUUCUUCUAUCAUUUUCAUAGUAAAUGAUAUUGUUCAUCAGGCGGUCAAAACAAUGUCCAAAGAUGUUGGCAGCUACUUGACUAGACAAUAAAACCUUUCUUUCUUUACAUUUCAUUCAAAGCAUGUUUAGUGUUUAAUACUCUGUGAAAGACUUGAGUGAAUACUGAACAUUUCACCAGUAAAUGAGAAAAAAAAAAUUUCCCUAAAAGUUCCAUUGAGAUUUUGUUGUGUACAAUGAAAUAUAGUGCCAUAUAAAACAGGUCACUCAGCUAAUAGUGGAACAAGUUGAAGAACAUACAGGUAAAAGUCCAUGGAGGAAAUCAUCAAAUGCACCAUCAUUCAACUGUAAUUUCUUUUUAAAACUAAGCAAAUGAGAA